GCGAGCCAUCUGAUUCUUCAGAUGCUUGUUUGCUCGCCUGAGCAGCGGACCUGUGUGAGUGUGCCCCCGUCGUUCUCCCUGGCUCAUCUCCGCGGAUUCUUUUCGGAUAUCUCCCGCUCUCUUGGCGGUUCUUUUUUUGGACGAUAUUACUCGUCUGAUGGUGUGCACCGAUGCCGAGAGAUGGGGAAACUGCACUCGAAACAUGCCGCAAUUUGUAAAGCGAGGGAGAGCCCGGAAGGCGACAGCUUUGUAGUCAAUGCCUGUUUGGCUCGGAAAGGACUGGACGACUGGCUGGUGAAGAGGCAGGACUGUCAUCUAAAGACCAAGUGCGCGUUGACCACCCGGGACUCAAUAAAUGAAGCUGAACGGAUAGGUGAUGAGCACUACCGCUUAGAAGUGGCUCUGCCCCCGGAGAAGACAGACAGCUGCUGCUUGGAGAACAAGAUGAUGCAGGAGCGGGACGGCCAAUCCCCCGUGGGGACGCACAAGCAGCUCCAGUUUGAAGAGCUGGAGUGCGCUGUAUCCAUGGAGGAGGAUAACCGACAGGAGUGGACGUUCACCCUCUACGACUUUGACAACAACGGGAAAGUCACCAGAGAGGACAUUACCAGCCUCCUCCACACCAUCUACGAGGUAGUGGAUGCCUCUGUCAAUCAUUCGCCCAGUAACAGUAAGACCUUGCGGGUCAAACUGUCGGUGGCUCCAGACUCCAGCCAGCGGUGGAGGAGUUGCACGCAGGGCACAGAUGCGUCCCACCCCAGGGAGAGAAAUGACAAGUGCACCGAAGACCCCAAGAGUACUGACAAGAAAAGUCGAGCACUCAUAAGGCGCCACCACAGCGACCAGCACAGCCAUGCCCAGCCGGGCUGCCAGCGCCACUGCGUGGACGAGAACCUGGAGCGACGGAACCACUACUUGGACUUGGCCGGUAUAGAGAAUUACACGUCCCGCUUCGGAGCCGCAACAACAGAGCAGAUCAAGGCAGAACCCCAGACCCGGUCUUCCAACCAGACCCGCUCUCGAUCCCACGAGCCAGAAAACAGCCACUUCCAUCAUCCCCCGCCCCACCACCACCGGCGCUUGCAGGCCGUCACAGACACCAGCCCUCCCGAGGGCCACCACCCUGGCCGGACGCGAGGCCAAGACUCCGGGAAAGCCGCCGUCCGCUCCCCCAAGACCCACAGCCGCACUACCCCCGCUCAGCUCAGCAGUCGGGUGAUGCGGAGCAGGGGUUUCCCUACUCCCCCGGUGCUCCCCAGCCAGACGCCCCCUCACCAGUCGGCCGCCCCUUACCGCAAGCACAAGCAGCGCUCCAAGGACCACCAGGGAUUUCGGGCGCUCGGCACCCUGGUGGCGCCCAGGGUGGAAAAGGAGCAGGUGAAGGAGCUGCCCGGGGUUCUGCUCUACGAGGGCCGGCUGGCGCAGGUCGUCCAGCGGCACGAGCAUCACCACCACCAUGAACACCACCACCACUACCACCACUUCUACCAAUCCUGAAUGCCCGACCCGCUUUGGGUUCCUCAACACGGGUACUGGGUGUGGCCACCACCACUAGCAACACUUCUACCACAUCGGGACUGUUGUAAAACUAUCUUGAAAUAGGAAGUGGGGCUGGACCCAUGUAGUUAGGUUGGGGUUAGAGUAACAACACCACCACCUCCACAAACAACACCAUCACUUCUGACAGUCCUGAUCUCCCGUCCUACUUUGGGACCCUCUGGGAGCUUCCUCGACACAGGUAGUGGCGGUGGGCCCAGGUAGUGGGGUAUCACUAGCGCAACACUACAAACACCACCACCUCUACUUUUAAUUGUACCAGUCUCACUCUCUCAUCCUGUCUUACGACCCUUCGGGUAGUCACCACCAUUUCUACCAGUCCUGAAUGCCCGCCCACUUGGGACCCUUUGAGGUCUUCCUUGACACAGGAUGUGGGGGCGGCCAUCACCGCUUGGGAGACUUCUAAUAGCCCAGAAUAGCAGCCCCACUUUGAGACCCUUUGGGAGUUGCUUCUACAUAGGAAAUGGAGUGUGGACCAAAUUUGCGGGGGUGGGACUAGAACACCACCGCAAACACCACUAACACUUCUAGCUCUUCUAGCAGUCUUGAACAGCUGCAUCACUUUGGGAGCCGUCUGGUGCUUCCAGAACACAGGAAGUGGAGGGGACCCACUGGAGUUCUACCACCACAGCCCCUUUCGCCAUUUCUACUAGUCCUGAACGACAACCCCUCUUGGGGACCUUUUGGGAGCUUCUAAAAAACAGGAGGAGCGAGUGGACCCACUAAAGGACCACUGCCAGUAGUUCUACGAGUCCUGAAUGGCCACCCUGCUCUGAGACCCUUUGGGGAGCAUCUUCAACACAGGAAGUGGGGACCCAAGUCAUGGGGGAGACACGGGAGGUUAGGGGAGAUCAGAAGACAUGUAAUAGAAAAUAAUUAAGUGUUAUGACCAGAUUACAGUAUUUAGGACCACAGUACUGAGAAGGAUCAUGGGUGGGACCACAGAAAUCCCCCCAUCUAGCAAUCCAGUACCCUUUUUACAUGGCUGCGGCACCAAUGCUGGUUCAGUAAUGGGGCCAACCCAGAAGAGCCUUUCCAGACCACUAAGCCAAAAGCCCAAAGCAGGACUGUGAUGUAAAAAUGAACAUAUAUGAAGGAAGCAGUGUGCAUAAAUUGCAAUACUGGUGUCUGUUGAAAACCCUUCUGUGGCCGCGCAAGUAUUUAAACUGGAAAAUGAAGAAUCCGAUUUGAGUAUCCCUUAAUGUUGGAAGGAAAAUGUUGAAAAAAAAUCCCAAAUCUGCUGCUACCUCUAAUUUAAUCAUAAUCUUCACUUUUUUUCAUUUAUUUUUUUCAAUCUGCAGUAGCGCUCCUUAUGAUGACUAACUUUGACUGUAUAUAAGGUGUGUGUGUGUGUGUGUGUAUAUAUAUAUAUAUAUAUAUAUAU